AAUGGAUAAAUUUAGACCAAAUUUACCAGGCAGUUGUGUACAUAUUCUUUUAAUUUCCACAGUUGUGGGGGUAAUUUCAGGUGCAGAUUGGUGCUACUAUUCACAAGUUAGUUGUGACAAUAACUGCACAGGACCUAAUGGCUGGUUUAAGGUGGCUGAGAUGUGUGGCUCUAGGUCCCAGUCUCCCAUUAACAUCGUCACUAAGAAAGCUGAACUAGUUCAGCAACGCACAGGAUUCAAGUUCACUGGCUACCAAGACACCUUUAACAGCCUCAUCACAAAUAAUGGUCACACAGUUCAAGUGGACUUGAUGACCACAGCCACAGUUUUGGGUGCUCAUCUAAAGGCAGCAUACAAGGUAGUACAGCUCCACCUACACUGGGGUACGGAUGGAGGUCCUGGAUCAGAACACACAAUUGAUGGAGAGAGAUACCCAAUGGAGCUGCAUAUUGUUCACAUAAAAGAGACUCACAACUCUUUGGCUGAAGCCUUAAAAGAUCCAACAGGCGUUGCAGUUCUUGGAUUCUUUUAUGAGGAGUCGACAGUGUCGAACCGGAAAUAUGACUCCAUCAUAAAGGCUCUGAAUUCUAUCAAACAACCCAACACCAACACUAGCCUGAAUGGCAUGGCCCUGGACAUGCUGAUCCCCUCCAGGAGUAACAUGACAAGCUACUACUACUACAAUGGCUCCCUUACCACACCCAACUGUGCAGAGUCUGUUGUGUGGACUGUGUUUGAAAACACCAUUCCACUCAGCAAGCAACAGCUUGCUGCUUUUUCAAAGCUUCAGUUUGCUGAUGCACUGCCAAUGGUUGGGACGUAUCGACCUGUACAGCCUCUAAAUGGUCGCAGGGUGUAUUACUCUGACGGCCAUGUUGUCCUGCUCAGCACUUUACUACUCGUCUGCUCUUUGCUGUCAGCAAUUGAAGUUUCCCUGCCAGACUUCUGAAAGGCAACCUAAGGCAUCCUCUAAGUUACUUUGUUCUCUAAUUCACUUUGUUCUCUAAGUCAUUUUGUUUGUGUAUUUAUGUAUAGCAAAUUAUAGGUCUGACAAUAUAAAAGUUGUUUUA